CGACGGCGACAUCAGAUAAGGCCACAAAGAACCACACAAACACAGCCAUAAUGAUUUAUCUUUCACUGAAACACUUCAUUUCUUCAACCUUCAAUUCCCCAAAAUGGAGACUCUCCAUCUGGGUUCAUACCAUUUAUCAUCUUCAUCCUCCUUUCGUUCCUUCAACUACAUUACGAAUUCCUCCCACACCCUUAAACGCUUUCGCUCUCUUACUUUCCGUAGAACCCAAGUCAGAGCUGUUGGCACUGUUUCCCAGAGUCAAUCUGAAGCCACUGACCCUGAGGAGCCUCCGAUUGUGGAUUUGGCUUUCGUUAAUUCUGUGUUGCUUCCUGAUGGAACUCCAGAUGUGCACUUUCGUCGAGCUUGUGGCGGGCAAAAGCUUAGAAACAUAAUGUUGGAUUCUAAUAUUGACUUGUAUGGACCUUAUUCGAGAUUUCUGUUGAACUGUGCUGGUGGAGGAACCUGUGGGACUUGUAUGGUGGAGAUUGUUGAAGGGAAAGAGCUACUGAAUCCUCGUACAGACAUAGAGAAAGACAAACUCAAAAGGAAACCUAAAAACUGGAGACUAGCUUGUCAAACCACUGUGGGGAAACCAGAUUCCAGAGGGAUGCUUGUUGUUCAACAGUUGCCUGAGUGGAAAGCUCAUGAAUGGGGCUAUGAAGAAGUAGAUCUUUCAGAGUUAUCUGAGUCUGCAUAAUUUAACUCUUCUACUCUUUUUUGACCUAUCGGAGUCAGCUGUGAAGAUUGAGCUAUGGAUAUUAACUACUCAUCCACUUUGGAGCCUACAAAGACAAGCUCCCUGCCUCAGUAUCAUCAAUGUAAUUAUUCCUUGUCUAUAUUCAACAGUUCCAUUCUUUUGUUGGGCAAUAAAUGGUUAAGUGGUGCUUUCCUUCUCGUUAA